CUGAUGUUUGGUUGACAGCAGAAACACUGUGUAGGUGUUUGUCUGUCACUCUGGGGCCCUGUGUCAACAGCAGAGGGAAGAAGAAGAAGAAGAAGAAGAAGAGAGCAGAGGAAGAAACCAGAAAGUAACAGUGCAGCAGAAAUGGACCUGCGCUCUGAGCUGCUCAAGUCUAUCUGGUACGGCUUCACAGCCCUGGAUGUGGAGAAGAGUGGUAAAGUGUCCAAGUCUCAGCUGAAGGUACUGUCCCACAACCUGUGCACAGUCCUGUGCAUCCCACAUGACCCAGUGGCAUUGGAGGAACAUUUCCGGGACGACGACGAUGGUCCAGUUUCCAGUCAGGGAUACAUGCCUUACCUCAACAAAUAUAUUCUGGACAAGGUCGUGGAAGGCUCCUUUACUAAAGAAAACGUAGAUGAACUCUGUUGGACUCUCACGGCAAAGAAAAACUACAAACCAGACAGAAGCAGCAGCUCACUGCUGCCAGAGAAGGACGCCUUCAGACUGUGGUGUCUGUUUAAUUUUCUGUCUGAGGAUAAAUAUCCACUGGUCAUGGUCCCAGAUGAGGUGGAAUACCUCCUCAAGAAAGUCUGCAUGGCCAUGAGUAUUGAGUUUAACUGUGUUGAGCUAGAGGACUUUUUCUCCUCCCAAGACUCAGUGCAGCAGAGUGGCAUCAACGUCUGGGUUUUCCUGGAGAUGAUGAACUCAGGGAAAGUCACCAAGGGCAUUGAAAAGAGCAUAAUUAGCAUGGCGAUAGAAGAGGUUUACAGGGAAAUAGUUGGGGAUGUCCUCAAAGAGGGUUAUCUGUGGAAAAAGGGCCAGCUGAGGAGAAACUGGAAGGAACGCUGGUUCACCUUAAGGCCAAGCAACCUGUUGUACUACACUGGCGAGGACCGCAGAGACUGCCAGGGGAACAUAACGUUGGAUGGAAACUGCUGUGUGGAGGAAAUAGAUGAUGAUCAAACAUUAUUUGCUCAUUGGAUCAAAAACAUCCUUUUCCCAGUGCUGCCUGACCGAGAUGGGAAGAGGUGCAUGUUUUGCCUUAAAACCCUCUCUAAGACGUAUGAGAUGAGCGCCUCAGACACCAAACAGAGACAGGAGUGGACUACAGCCAUUCAAACAGCUAUCAGGCUGCACGUGGAAGGUAAAAACUCCCUACACAAAGAUUUGAAACUGAAACGGCGUGAACAGCGAGAGCAGCGGGAGAAAAGACGACAAGCCAAGGAGGAGGAGCUGCAGAGGCUGCGAGCCCUGCAGGAGGAGCGGGAGCGGAAAUUGGCGGAGCUAGAGCUCCUGAAGGAGGCACAGAAGCAGGCACAGGCCCUGAUGGAGCAGGACGAGCAAAGGAGGCGCCAACAGCAUGAACAGCUCCAGAAGGCCCUGGAGGUCCAGCUGCGAGAAGCCGAGGAGGCCCGAGUGAGUAUGCAAGCGGAGAUGGCUCUGAAAGAAGAGGAAGCAGAGAAACAGAGGAAGAGAAUCCAGGAGCUGGAGGAGAUGCAGAAGCGGUUGGAGGAGGCUCUACAGCAGGAAAUCAAAGCCCGGCUGGAUGAAGAGGCGUUCCGCUACGCUCAAGCAGGUUUACUGGCGGAGGAGGAGGAGAAGAUGAAGGCACUGAUGGCCCUGCAGGAGGAACAGGAGGAGUACAUCCUGAAGACACAGAGGGAGAAGCAGGAGCUCAAGCAGGAAAUGGAGGUUAAGUCUCGAGCUCUGGACGAGGCGCAGAGGCAGCUGGAGGAAGUCCGCGCCAACCGACACAGAGUGGACCAGGAUGUAGUUGCUGCGCAGAGGAAGCUUCGCCAAGCGAGCACCAACGUCAAACACUGGAAUGUCCAGAUGAACAGGUUGAUGCGACCAAUUGGACCAGGAGAGAAGAGACCAUCCUUGGGAAGCUCUUUCCAAACCUUCCAAAUUCCAUCUCAAAGAGAUCCCGGUCUGCGCCUCAGAAGGAAUUCGGGAACACAGGAUCGGGACGAAGAGAGCAAAGAAAAUGUUGACAACAGUGUUGGGUCUGACCUGGAGAAACGCCACUCCCAUGCCUCCAACGGAGACAUGGACAUUCCCUAAAAACAUGAAACCAAUAGCGCAGCCCUGCUAACAUCUGGUCACACUGUGAGAUUUUCUGACAGGAAGAGCAAAGGUCAACUGUCUGUGAGAAGAGUGGGACGUCUUCAUUUGAGAACCGCGAUGACUCUACUAUCAUUGUUUUUGACCUCCAUUCACACGAAGUGGCAACUUAACACGUAUUAAUGAAUCAGUACAUUUGCAGUAUUUACUGCUGAGCUCACACUUUGACUGCAGCCUCUUUGAAGAUACCUGCUCUUAACAGCUCAACGCAAAAGAAAGAGAGUUCAGUUCAGUUGAUGUUUAAUUGUUUGAAAUUUAAAAGCUACAUAUAUAUAUAAUUAUUUGAUAUGGUAGUUAUUCAGCUUUGUAAUUAAAUAUUUUUUAAUACUUUUCACGUAUGGAAUCUUUUUGUAAAGCUUUUUUCCUGGUACAUGUAAAAAGUCGGUUGAGCGUCAAGAAUGUCACUCCUCAGAGACAGGAAAGAGAGAGGGGAAGAGGUAUGCACCAACUGAACUUCCUGUUUGCUCUAACACAUACAAUAACUGUAAAUUAAAGAGUGAAUUAUUACCAUAAACAGCGUAAUCAUGCGCAACAACACAGUAACCACGCAAUCUUCGUCUUGUCUGAAAUGUAACUUAUAAUAGCAAAUUACACAACAAGUACAUCUCAGGAGAUCUUAAUGGUACAUACAUAUCUAGGUAUACUAUCAUAAAGAUAUACUAUGAAAUAA